AUGCAGCUCUCUAUCGCCAAGGUCGCCUCCGUCUUCUUUUUCCUCUCUGUCGCUUCGGCCGACUUGCACGAUAACUGUGCUUGCCACAACGGCGACAGCUACAACUGGCGCAUCACCACCAAGGCUUGCGAGCUCUACAGCUCCAAGAACUACGAGUGGGGUGUUGGCGUCUACGACGAGGCUUCCGGACGCUGCGUCAAGAAGGGUGACAACGACCAGCUUGCUGGUAAGGAGUGGGAGGCUGCGUGCCGCGAGGUCGCCACCUCCGGCUUCCAGUGUGCCGACGGCCAGGGCCUGUACUGCAAGGCCGCGCCUAAGGAUGUUCGCGGCCGCUGCUAA